UUUAAACCUCUGCGCAUGAGCGUUUCAAUCACCCCGCCUCAGGGACCACAUUUGAACCGCGCAUGCGCACUAAACCUAUUUUUUUGCAUAUCGGCAGCAGCGAAAAUGGCGUCGGCUACAAAUUACAGUGGAUACAGUCAGGCUGGUGCUCAGCAAGCGUACGGCUCGUAUGCAGCCCAGCCCGCUCAAGGAUACGGACAAACAGCACAGCAGGGAUACACUCAGCAGGACUACAGUUCAUAUGGCCAACCCGCUGCCACUGACUCUACGUACCAAGCAGCCCCCUCUGCUGGAGGAUACACACAACAGCAGUACGCAGCCGCGUAUGGACAGUCUACUGCUCCAGCUGCUUACGGCACUGCUCAGGCCGGAGCUCAGGGCUACACUCAGCCAGCCACUCAAGCCUAUGGGACGAGCAGCUACGCCAGCACCACGGCCGCACCUCCCGCCUCUCCGGCAUCGUACGCUGCACAGCCGGGAUACACCGCUCCGACUGCUUAUGCAGGGUACGGCCAGCAGGCCGCCUCGGCUACGCAGAGCUACAAUGCUAGCGCUGCGCCCACCUACUCCCAGGGGGGCUACCAGGCGCAGCAGGCGGCCUACGGGGGGCAGCAGCAGGCCGGCUACGCUCAGGGCCCGCCCCAACAGCCUCCUUCUGCAGGCUACCCUCCUCCAGCUAACGGUUCCUACUCUCAGUCUCAGUACAGCCAGCCCGGGGCUCCUCAGAGCGCCUAUGACCAGUCCGGAGCCUACGGUGGUUACGGUCAGGGAGGGGCGAGCGGGGGAUACGGUGGCCCUCAGCCGCCACAGCGCGGAGGUUACCAAGGGAACGGCUACGAAAGAAUGAGAGGUGGACCCAGAGGUCGCGGCCUCAUGGGUCGGGGCAUGGGCAUGGCUGGAGACAGAGGUGGCUUCAGUAAGCCUGGUGGACCAAUGAGGGAUGGAAUGGAGGGACAUCCAGGAGAGCAGGAUGAGUCCGAGAACAGCACCAUCUACAUCACGGGACUGACGGAGAAGGUCACGCUUCCCGACAUGGCCGAUUUCUUUAAACACAGCGGAACGAUAAGGAUAAACCGGCGCCUGAACCAGCCGGCCAUCAACAUUUACACCGAUAAAGAUUCUGGCAAACCCAAGGGAGACGCCACCCUGUCCUACGAUGAGCCGUCCUGCGCCCGAGCUGCCGUGGAGCAUUUUAACGGUAAGGAGUUCCAGGGCCGGAGGCUGAACGUGUCGAUGGCACGCAGGAAAACCGCUCCAGGACUCAUGAGGGGGGGCAUGUCUAUGAGAGGAGGACCAAUGGAUCGUGGAGGUAUGAUGGGGCGGGGCGGAGACAGAGGCGGGUUUCCUCCCCGUGGAGGUCCUCGUGGCGCCAUGGCCUGGGGAGGACCACCGGGACCCGGCAACGUCCCGAAGAGAGCAGGGGACUGGGAGUGUCCUAACCCUGGCUGUGGAAACCAGAACUUCGCCUGGAGGACCGAGUGUAACCAGUGCAAAGCUCCAAGGCCUGAGGGUGUGCUGCCUCCUCCAGGUGGAGAGCGGGGCCGAGGGGACGGGAUGUUCCGUGGAGGCAGAGGGAUUGAGCGCGGUGGCCCAGGGGGAAUGCGUGGAGGCUGGGGGGGAGAACCUGGAGGCUUCAGGGGCGGCCGAGGAGGAAUGGACCGAGGAGGGUUUAGAGGAGGAAGCCGUGGAGGACCUCAGAUGGACCGCGGGGCGAGGAGAGGAAUGGGACCGGGGAAGAUGGACAUGAGAGAUCAGCGUCAGGAUCGCAGAGAGAGACCGUACUGAAGCGUUUCACACAUCCACAGUGAUGAACCUGUAAAAGCUUUUUUAGAAGGUCUUUUUAAUUCCAAGUACAUAUUUAUACCUGGCACAUACACACCCACCCGUGGGCCUUAAUUAUUACCUUCCAUUUAGGACUUCAGGUUAAUCCAUUAGAUUUGUUCCCCCGUUCACUUCUUCCUUCCUGCUCGAUUCUAAAUCACUCUUCGUUUCUUCUUUAUCCAGUUUAUUUUGUAUCGUUACAUCACUUCCUCUCUAUGCAGUUAUGUACUCAUUAUUUUUUAAAGAAAUAAACUUCAACUGGAUUGACUUUUAA